AGACGAAAUGACCGGGCUGCGGUCCCAUGGAGGAGCGCCGGGGCGAGGUCGCGGCGAGGCCGAGGAGGGAGGGAUUAAAAGAUGAGGCAUUUUGGCUAGGUUUGGGCCCGCGGGGGUCGGGCGAGGGAGGAGGAGGAGGAGGAGGGCGAGGGCUAAUUUCGCGAUUUGUCGAGCAUUACCGGGAAGAGCAUGGCGAGGUUUGGGCAAUAAAAGCGGAAUAUUAAGUGCGGAAUAUAUGGCUCCUCAUAACUUUCAAUCAGUAAGAAUCUUGACCGCGAACCUACUAGGGGUUUCAGACAUCCGCCUUUUCCGAGGAGUUGUUCGCACAAGAGUUACUGCAGACAAGCGUCUGGAUGCGGAGCGAGACCUCUGAUUGAGUUGGUUGCCAAGUUGGUAGCUGUUAGUUGGCGAGGUGUCAAGGGAUGUGGGAUAGAUCGCACUUUUGAGUACAGUGCUCAACUAGUCCUCGAAGACCUGUGCCGCGUUGAUCAAAAGCUGCUUCGUGUAUUCUUCACUUCGAGAGCAGAAGUGAAGAAUACACGAAGACGUAGACUGGUCCUUCAAGGUCUACAUAUGUCGUUCUAUAUGUAGACCUCGAAGCUCAAACCUAACGUGUGACCGAUCAGGUUUUCUCUAACCUGAUCGGUCGUCCCUCAAGUAGUGAGAGAAUCGAGCAGGGAUUGUUGUGUCGAGCUGUCGGUCUAACCUCGAGGGAAAGCCCGGACAAUCUUGGUUGGAAAUGCCGUUAAGCAACAACGUUGAGACUGCAGCCUGCUACUGCGGUGUGGACGCAGGUUUGGCCGUGGGCGCCCGGAAGUUUGUACCGACUGUAGGCCACUGCGUCCGCCCGGACAUAAAAUCCGCUAUAGUUCUGCCGAAGAGCAAACCUUCGAAAGGGGAUCGUCACAAAUUGCCAUCCGAGCUCCUGCCGGGGCUUCCCGAUGAUCUAGCUAUCGCCUGCCUAAUCAGAGUUCCUCGGAUACACCACAGGAAGUUGAGGAUCGUUUGCAAACGAUGGUAUCGUCUCCUUGCGGGCAACUACUUUUACUCCCUCCGCAGCCGCUUGGGUAUGGCUGAGGAAUGGAUAUAUGUCAUCAAGCGCGAUCGGGAUGGACGCAUUUCAUGGCACGCAUUUGACCCUCGGCAUCAGCAAUGGCAACCUCUGCCUCCGGUUCCUGUGGAGUACGGCGAAGCGCUCGGUUUCGGGUGUGCCGUUCUCAGCGGGUGCCACCUCUAUCUGUUUGGCGGUAAGGACCCCAUGAAGGGCUCCAUGAGACGCGUAGUGUAUUAUAGUGCUCGCACCAACAAGUGGCAUCGAGCCCCCGAUAUGCAAAGGCGGCGUCAUUUCUUUGGGUGUUGUGUCAUAAAUAACUGCCUCUACGUCGCUGGCGGGGAAUGUGAGGGGAUUCACCGUUCUCUCAGAUCAGCCGAAGUUUAUGAUCCUAACAAGGCCAAGUGGUCUUUUAUAUCGGAGAUGAGCACUGCCAUGGUGCCGUUCAUUGGCGUCGUAUACGGCGGAAGAUGGUUUUUGAAGGGUCUUGGUUCUCAUAGGCAAGUGAUGAGCGAAGUAUACGUUCCGGCGACCAAUCACUGGUCUCCUAUCAUAGAUGGCAUGGUCGCGGGAUGGAGAAAUCCGAGUGCGUCUCUGAAUGGCGAAUUGUAUGCCUUGGACUGCCGAGACGGGUGCAAGCUCCGCAUGUAUGAUCGAACUAGUGAUGCAUGGAGCCGGUCUGUCGACAGUAGGCUUCAUUUAGGAAACUCACGAGCAAUGGAAGCAGCUGCCUUGUUGCCUCUCGGAGGGAAACUUUGCGUUAUUCGAAAUAAUAUGAGCAUCACUCUGGUGGAUGUAGCCAAGGCAGAUGACCCUACUAGACAGACGCAUCUGUGGGAGACGAUUGCAGGAAAAGGGCAGUUUAUGACUUUUGUUACCAACUUAUGGUCGAACUUGGCCGGUCGAAACCGUCUAAAGAGCCACAUUGUACACUGCCAAGUUCUUCAAGCGUAACCCAUAGCUGUACCAUUCUUCCAAUUCUUUGCCUUCGCACUUUAAAAGUUACAUCGGUUAUGCUGAGAUCGAGGCAGCUAUGCCUUUCCUAGGAGGGGAAUAUGCCAAUCAUGCGCAAGAUUCAGGUUUUUUUUGUACGUAUGCCUAUACUCAUGUAUGGAUUGGGCAGAAUAGUCCAAGAUUCUAUAACAUCUAACAAAAGUUUUGUAAUUAUCCCUAUCCCAGUUGUAACCUCAGCAGUAGUUCCCCUGCAGUCCGAGUUCAGAGAUCUAGCGUUUGGAAGCUUUACUGUGUUGUGACGAGCGAACAGUCACUCUUCCUUUUUUGUCUAGGAAGCUUGCAAAGUUGAGAUCUUUGUACCAUUACAAUGCAGCUCUAUUUGCAAUAUCAUUCAGCUGCUGGCCCAGGACUAUGAUGCCCACGGCAUCUCAAAGGUCAAGGCCACCUCAUAUCAUUCAAAGUGAGAAAUUGAAGGUCUUGUAAUA